GAUUCAAGUCACUCUCGACUAAAGAAUUGCAUUCUUAGUGUUGGUGGUUUGGUAGUUAGGGCAUUGUCAAUCUGAAUCUGACCCUCGUCGCCCACACAAGUCCGAGGGAUAUCCUGGGUUGUUGAUACGCCGCUCUCCUUCCCCGGUGCCAAGCCGUUAUCCUCGACCCCACUCGACCCAAGCCAACCAAGCCUAUGACGGUGGUGAGCCCGGCGCCCUCAGCGGCCGAAAAUGAGGGUACACUGACCGCCCUGCCCGACAUGGAGUUGGCCCAGAUGGCCUUUCGGAUGGGCGUGCUCCUCCGAGCCCCGGACGAGGGUGAGGCCGGUGAGGCCCAGCGGCUUCAGACGAGCGUGCUGGCCCGCAUCCGCGAACAGGGCAUGGUGCCCUACUACCAUCAAUUGGCGGGCGAGCACGGCUGGUCCGUGGACGAUCAACUGGUAGCCGAGAUGGAAGCGGCCAAUGCCGAGCGCUGGGCCGCGGUUGAGCGCGGUUUGGACGCCGCCCAGGUCAAUAUGGGCGAGAGUGAGAUGCGCGAGGCCCUCCGGCGCAAGGCCGACUACUACACCCAGAUCGGCCACAAGGACCUGGCCCUGGCCGCCGUGGACGAGACUUUGGCCAAGACGGUGGGCAUUGGUAACCGCAUGGACCUCGUUUUUAACAAGAUCCGCCUGGGCCUGUUCCACUCGGACACGGAGCUGAGUCGGGCCCAGAUCGAGCGGGCCCACCAGAUGCUCAAGGAGGGCGGGGACUGGGACCGACGCAACCGUCUCAAAGUCUACGAGGGCUUCUUCGCUCUGUCGGUGCGCGACUUUGAGCGCGCCGCCCGUCUUUUCCUGGACACGGUGUCCACGUUCACGUGCGCCGAGCUCAUGACCUACGAGCGCUUCGUCAUAUACACCGUGUACGUAGCUAUGAUUGCGUUGGAGCGUGGCGCCCUCAAGACUCAAGUCAUUCACGGCUCUGAGAUUCUCGAGGUGCUCCACGGCUGUCCCGAGGUCAGCGAGUACCUCUUCUCGCUCUACGAAUGUCAGUAUGCGCGCUUCUUCCGCGCCCUGGCCACCGUCGAGCGCGUCAUGAAAGCCGACCGAUACCUGCACGCCCACUACGCCUAUUAUGUGCGCGAGAUGAAGGUAAAGGCCUUUGCCCAAUUGCUCGAGUCCUAUCGUAGUCUGACCCUCACCUACAUGUCCGAAGCCUUCAACGUCACCGAAGACUACAUGGAUCGCGAGCUGUCCCGCUUCAUCGCCGACGGACGACUCCAUUGCCGGAUUGACAAGGUCCGCGGGAUCGUCAUGACCAAUCGACCCGACACCAAGAACGCCCGAUAUCAGGGCACCAUCAAACAGGGCGAUAUUCUGCUUAACCGCGUCCAAAAGCUCUCGCGCGUUAUCAAUAUUUAGACAAACCAUCGUGGUUGUCUUUGUAUCAUUUUCCUGUUGGGUGGCCCGACCCUGAACCUCCACAUUCACAGUGAAUAAAACCAAUAUAUGUACAAUG